AUGGCCCCCGCCGGCGGAGACGACGGGGCGGGAGAGGGCGGCGGGCGGCCCAUCCCCCGUGGAGUCGAUCCAAGUACUGCUGCUGGUGCUGCAGCAGGUCAGGAUCUUGGGGCAGAAUCUGGAAGCAGAAAGAGGAAAGCCGCGGUUCUGUCCGGAGAUUUGGGCAGUCUGGUUGGGAAUGGAGAACAUUUGACGGUGGUGUGUGAGGAUUCUCAGAGAAUUUUAAAGGAGAUCAAAGACCUGAGGGCUCAACUAGAUGAGGAUGUGAAAGAGCUUGGAUACUGUGAGGCGAAUCAGAAGCUGAGAGUUGAGCUGGCUGUGAAAGUGAAAGAGAUACAGUGCUUGAGGAAGCAGAAUGAGGAGAUGCAGGCCAAGUAUGAUGGAAUGAGAAAGCUGAAUGAGGAGUUGUACGACAAGAAUGAUGGCCUGGUGAAGCAGAAUGAGGAGUUGCAAGCAAAUAAUGGUGGCCUGGUGAAGCAGAAUGAGGUACUGCAAACCAGUAAUGACGGCAUGAAGAUGGUGAAUGGGGAGCCAAAAGCCAAAAAUGGAGGCCUAACUAUCCAGAAUGAGUUGAAAGCAAACAAUGACGGCCUGAUGCAACAGAAUGAGGAGCUGCAAUCCAAGCAUGAUGGGCUAGUGAUUCAUAAUGAGCAGCUGCAAGCCAAGAAUGUCAGCCUAGCGGAGCUGCAAACCAUUAGUGAUGUCAUGAUGAAGCAGAACAGGAGGCUGCAUGCCAAAAAUGCCGGCCUAAUGAAGUGGAGUGCAGGGCUGCAAGCCAAGAUUGAUGACCUGAUGAAGCAGAAUAAGGAGCUGCAAGCCAAGAAUGAUGGCCUCAGGAAGCAGACUGAGAUGCUACAAGCCAAGAAUGUCGGCCUCAUGGUGCGGAUUGAGGAGGUGCAUGCAGAGAAUGACGGCCAAAGGAAGCGGAGUGAGAAGCUGCAAGCCAAGAAUGGAAGCCUAACGAAGGGGAACAAGGAGCUGCAGGCCAGGAAUGACAGCCUAACGAAGCGGAUUGAGGAGCUGCAGGCCAAGGAUGAUGGCCUGACGAAGGGGAAUGAGGAGUUGCAGGCCAAGAUCAACGAUAGCAUGAGGAAGUGGAAUAAGGAGCUGCAAGGCCUCUAUAAGCAUAUUAUGAAGAUUAUGAAGAUUCUGGAAAAUGAGAUUGACACUAAGAGAAAGGACUUGCUGCAACUUGAGGAGCUGUACAGAACAUUCUUUCCAAUUCCACAGCCUGAGGAGGUCAAGUCGUCUGUGGAAGUUCAGUCAACUUCUCAGGGCUUGAAUGACGGGCUCACUGGAUGCACUGAUAUUGGGACCAAAAACUCCGGGGACAUUAUUCUGGAGUCUGUUCCGUGCCUCAAGCAAGCAGAGGCAAUCCUUUGCCAAGCUGCAUCUAACUUCGAGGAGAUCGGCCAUCUCCAAACUCAAGUGACCAAAUCGGAGACUGCCGUUGACCAGCUGAUGGCUAUGGACCGUAAACUUGUUGAGACCAAGGCAGCUCUCAAGAAGGAGAUUGCUGCCUAUGCUGCCUACCUGGAACGCACUCAGAAGAAAAUUGAAGAGGCAGAGUCCGAGAAGGCUUCAGCUAAACAGCUGAUGGCUACGACACAGCAGGUCCAAGAUGUCUCGGAUAUUGGCUUUGAUGAUACAGAGGUAGACAUUAGAAUUUGUGAUCUCAUGGUUACCGGUCGCAAGUCAAAGUCAAGUUUCAAGAAAAAUAAACAACAUAGGAGCGACACCAAAACCGGCGGGAAAGUUUCCUCAUGAAAGGCUUCUAUUGGAAUAGCAGACCCGACUUGUCUAAUAUCGGUAUAUCUCGGACGCAAUCGAAGAUCACAACUUUGUUGGUGUCAUGGAGAUAGCGAAGCAAGACUCUGCCUCAUGCUGUGCAGGUGUGCAUAUGUAGUAGCCUGCUUGGCUUUCUCUUGUGUGCGAUCAUCUGAUCGUUCAUGUGUAACCGCCUAAUCAUGCUUACCUAUUUCUAGCAUCUGUAUACUCGGUUUGAUGAUGCUUACUGUGUAUUAAUUUG